UAUUGAAGUUCGUUGCGUCACCGCUACACUUACUUUCGUUCUGCAGUGGUAGGUCCAGUUUCUGUUCUCUGAAGUUUGUUGAGAAGUGUUCUGCGAGGAGCAGCGUGUAGUUGUAUGGAGUUGGGCGAGUGGCCUUUGAACGAAAUCGGCUGCCACUUUGUACUGCCCGAACAGCAGCGCAAUCCCCUGUGCAGUUUGUGUCCGCAGGCGCUGGACGAGCGCAACGCGGCCCAUGUCAUUUCGCUUCUGAGACGAGUCGUCUUCUACUUACACGCCCUGCUCAGCACCGUGCUCGAAAACGUCGGCACCAUGAACGAUUUCGCCAAGCUGGGCAACGCGCGACCGCCGCUACAACCAAAGUCGACGCCAAUUACACAGGAUUACUCCAUCUCGGACCGUGUGCUCGGACUCGGCAUUAAUGGCAAAGUUGUCGAGUGCUGCGACAAGGCCAAAGGUACCAAGUUCGCCCUCAAAGUUCUCAGGGACAAUGUCAAGGCGCGCCGAGAAGUGGACCUUCAUUGGCGAGCCAGCAACUGCAAGCAUAUUGUGAACCUCGUGGAUGUUUACGAAAAUGUUUAUGGUGGAAACAGAUGUCUCCUAGUCGUCAUGGAGUGCAUGGAGGGAGGAGAGUUGUUCCAGAGGAUUCAAGAUCGAGCCGAGGGUGCCUUCACAGAACGAGAGGCUGCGGAGAUCAUUCGAGACAUCUGCAAAGCUGUCGCUCAUCUUCAUCGCAUGGACAUUGCCCACAGGGACUUGAAGCCGGAGAACCUUCUUUACUCCAAGCCUGAUGACAGUGCGGUACUUAAACUAACAGACUUUGGCUUUGCCAAGGAAACUACGCAUUUCAACACUUUACAAACACCAUGCUACACACCAUAUUACGUGGCUCCCGAGGUCCUAGGUCCUGAACGGUAUGACAAGUCCUGUGACAUGUGGUCCUUGGGAGUAAUCAUGUACAUACUGCUAUGUGGGUUUCCACCAUUCUACAGCAACCACGGCCUGGCCAUUUCGCCUGGCAUGAAGAGGCGCAUUCGGGCUGGCCAGUACGACUUCCCCAACCCAGAGUGGAAGAACGUCUCGCAGGAUGCUAAGGACCUGAUCAAGGGCUUGCUGCGAACGGAUCCAACUCAGCGGCUCAGUAUUGAAGAAGUUCUGGCCAACAAGUGGAUUGCGAAGUACACAGAGGUUCCCCAGACGCCCUUGUACUCAGUGCGAGUGCUUCGUGAGGAAGGAGACCAGUGGCCUGAUGUGCAGGAGGAAAUGACGCAAGCCCUGGCCACCAUGCGAGUGGACUAUGACACAGUGCAGCUCAAGCAGCUGGCCGACACCAACAACCGGCUGCUCAGCAAGCGGCGACAGCAGCACAACUGAGGCUGCUCUCACCAGGCACAUGAUGUGCGGUUUUACUCCGGUGGCAAAUCUGCUUAUCACAUGUAUGGUUACCAAAGUUUUUAGGGCUUAAGUAAUUGUCUCGGUCUUAUGAGACCAGGAAACCAAGUGCCUGGCUGUUGGGAUGUGUUGUAUUUUAUGAAGAUAAAUUUCCUCUUUUACACUGCACAGAAAUCGUUCCUCCUACUGCAUGUAUUUCCAUUGAUGUUGGCUUUCUGUGGGGUCAGCAAAGGGCGUCGCAUGCACUGCUGUGAAACUGUCUACAGCUUUUUGUUCAGUUGGUGGGGCGGGAUGUUGACAUUGGUCGGUAACUGCAAAACAUGAAAAACGUUUGUGUGAAGAAGAUUUACGAAUAGAGGAACACCAGUGAAUUCGUGUGCAUUUUCAUUUUUUGUUUUCCACUUUACAGAAUCACACUAAUGAGAGCCAGCAGUCGGUUGCACUAGACUUUACAAAACAUUCGAAUGUCACGGCUUCUAAAACUGCAACCACACUGCAUAGUUGAUCUAAAGGUCAUGUAAAACUGAGGUUGGGUGAUAAGCGUGUACAUCGAGUGAAAGUGCUGCUCCUGCACAGAGAGCAGAUAAUCGAAAGAGUUCCUUCCCUCAACUUGUAGAGAGCUCACCUCUAAGACACAUACACUGAGCCUUUGUUAAUUCAAAUUCUGGUAGUACCUUGAAAGGCUGGUUGAAUCAAAGUUUCUUUCUGCUGCAUUGUCCAAUUCGUGUUUUGCUGUCUUGAAGUUUGAAAAGCUUGUGCACCAAACUCUGAUAGCUCGAGACCUCGACAGUUAAAAACUGCGGCGAAUUGCCUUUAGAAGGAUUGUAAUUGUGCGUGAACAGUGUUAUUCAGUGAGGCAAGGGCACGGUAGUACACACAUUUUAAUAAUUACAUCAUUUAUUGUAUUUUAUGACAAAAGCACAUAGCCAAGAAAAGCCUGCAAUAACUAAUAUUGUGCUACUACACUGCUGUUUAGCUCACACUUGUACAAUUGCAAACAUUUUGAGUGUCUUGGGGCCUGUUAGUUCUCACAUCUGCAAUGGCUUGUAAAGUCAUUGUAAACCUGCAACUUGCUUAAGGCCGUGCGACACUUCUUGAACAUGGUUAGAAGAUGCUGCUGAAUGGUACAAGUGGCACAUGUCAACGGGUGCAAGUGACCAAGUGCAAGGUCAUGCGCACACUCACAUAAGGACGUACUUCUUGCUCUAAUAUUAUUCCUCUGCCCUAUGAAAGGACUCGGAGCAUUCAAAUAAUCUUUGUAACAACUCUGCUUGUACUUGACGAAUUCUGAAAAUGGCGAUCCAUUCGCGAGGCAAUAAACUCCAAUAGUGAGGCCAUUUGAUGGUUACUUAGAAGAGUGUUGCAGAGCCUCUUUUAUAAAGCUUCUCUCUUUUAGAAUUAGUGAAUGUUACGCUGUAUAUUUGGUCUUUGUUAUGUUAUUGUGUAGUAUUUUUCAUAUCUCUUUUAUAUAUUACUAGAGCCCCUUUAAACGACAUUAGUUCAAAAAGUGGUUUUUAUUUUAUGCAUACCAAAAAAAAAAUGUUCCGGAUAAAUCUCGGUUUUCUUCCAAUAAAAUGCUUGGCAUUAGAGAGAGCACCCAGGAAAAGUCUCUCCAAAAGUAUGUACACUUUGCCUGCAAUUGUUACAUCAUCAUUAUUGUUGGCAAUAUCGUGGUCACGUCAUAGGGAAGGGGAACUCUGCAUUAGCUUUCAUCCUGCCAGGAGUGGGUUGCCUCGGAAGAGGCUGUAACGUAGCCUCCUCAGCUACAAAUCGAAUGAAAGAAAAGUGCGACACUGCUGAUUCAGGCAUUACUGGAUCGCUCUUCCUGGAUUUCUGCCCAUAAUUGCUUGUUUAAGUUUGCUCAUAGCCAUGCCACAGUGAUGAGCUGCUAGUCGUGUCUUUCAUUUCCGGACCCAUCUUGUUUAGAACCCUGUCGGUAUUCAUCAACCUUGAUGACCGGCAUGAUUAAUGAUGUGCUGGUGCAAUCAAUGCACCCAUUGUGUUCACGUGAGGUAAGCGUGCAAGCUGACAAAAUUUUCUCCAAGACUCGGCAAGAAUGCUCAUUUCAUGCUUGUGUAAUGGUGGGGUUCACUACAUGUGGACAUAUGCUAAAAUCUCUACAGUGCUGUGAGUUAUCAGUUUGUACAAUAUUAAAGGGGCCAUAUCGACUCAAAGCAAUAUUCAAACGCCAUGAUAAAAACCAGGUUGCAAGUGAAAAAAAAAAACCCCAAAGGAAGCGCAGGAAAUCCGUUGUUUUGGGCGAGUGUCUGUCUCUUCAUACUUUCUGCUGCAGAUUGUGUUGGCUCGUUUAACUUACUAAGUGGCUCUCAAUUCAUGCAUGAUGCAAAUAACUGAAGCAGCCAACAGCUUAUUCCAUUUGUAUGCAACAAAUUGGAAUGUGCCAGCUUUUUGAAAGCUGCCGGCCACAUUGGCAACCCCAUUCCUUGUACCCUUUACCAAUCGCUCGACACUUAUUCCUGCGCCACAUUUCACCUAACAGCAUUUUGUGCGCCAUCGUAAUAAAAGUAGGUCUUUCCAUCCAAGUGUGCUCUAACUCGCGUUGAGUUGCAGCAUUGCGCAAGCACGCUUUUCUGCACAAUCAGCACCCCAAAAAGAAGUGCUUGUUUCACUUAAGUCGCUUUUAAUGAACCAUAAUUCCAAGUACCUUUAUUCGUCUUUUAUUUCUAGUUGUGUAUCUUGUAGCUGUGGCUAGCAGUAUAGUGCUUGUCAUACAUCCCAUGCAGUAGCUGCACGUAAAACAGAGGGCAUAAUUUAGCGAUGGAAUAGAAUUAUCUCAGGAAAAACAUGGGCUGCUAUACAUCUUACUGUUUGUAGUGCAAUCGUUGUUCUUACUCUGCAGUGCUUUUCAUGCCUAUUAAUAUCUUCCAGAGCCUACAUGAAGAAAAAAAACAGUUUGCACCGAUGCAAUCGGGGGAGCUCAUUGGGACAAAUGCUCAAUUGAUUUUUGCAAACUGUCGAUUUUGAUGUAUCAAGUGCCUAAUCUAUGCUGUAUCAAUAAAUUUAGCUGAAAGUGCA